CGGAAAUUAUCAUAUUGUUAAUAUCAGAGGCAAGUAAAGUUUUGCUGAAGAUCAUUUAAAAGCGGUUGGAGCUGUGUAUAAGCAGGGAACUGCCAGAAAUUCAAGCUGGAUUUAGAAAAGGACGUGGAACCAGCGAUAUCAUAACUGAUGUCAGAUGGAUGCUGACUGAAAGCAGAGAAUCACCUGUGUCUUACUGACUAUGCAAAGGCAUUCGUCUGUGUGGAUCAUAACAAAUUACGGAUAACAUUGCAAAGAAUGAGAAUUCCAGGACACUUAAUUGUGCUUGUGAGGAACCUGUACGUAGAUCAAGAGGCGGUUGUUGAACAGAACAGCAGAUACUUAGUGGUUUGAAGUCAGGAAAGCUGUGUAUCAGGGUUCUAUCCUUUCCCCAUAGCUAUUCAAUGUGUAUGCUGAGCAUAUCCAAGAAGCUGGACUGUAUGAAGAAGAAUGGGGCAUCAGGAUUGGAGGAAGACUUAUGAACACCCUGCGAUAUGCAGAUGACACAGCCUUGCUUGCUGAAAGUGAAGAGGACUUGAAGCACUUACUGAUGAAGGUCAAAGACCACAGUCCUCAGUGUGGAUUACACCUCAAUAUACAGAAAACAAAAAAGCUCAAAACUGGACCAAUAAGCAACAUCAUGAUAAACGGAGAAAAAAUUGAAGUUGUCAAGGAUUUCAUUUUACUUGGAUCCAUAGUCAACACCCAGGGAAGCAGCAGUCAAGAAAUCAAAAGACACAUAGCAUCGGGCAAAUCUGCUGUAAAGCUGGUCUUUAAAGUGUUAAAAAGCAAAGUUGUCACCUUGAAGACCAAGGUGGGCCUGACCCAAGCCAUGGUUUUUAGGAUCACCUCAUAUGCAUGCAAAAGCUGGAUGAUGAAUAAGGAAGACCAAAGAGGAACUGGUGGUGCCUUUUAACUGUGGUGUGGCAAAGAAUAUUGAAUACACCAUGGACUGCCAAAAGAAACGAACAAAUCUGUCCUGGAAGAAGUACAACAAAAAUGCUUUGUUACCGUAUUUUUAAGGUAAAAUAAAAUUUAAUAAAAUUAAACCAAUACAUAGAACACAUUUGGAUCUUUUCAGGAAAGACAAUGGAUUGAACACACAUCUUUAGCUUCUUUCCCAAAGUCCUCUAAAGCAAGGAAAGGAGUUUUAUAAAAGGCAUCUUACUAUCAGGAUGGGGAAAAUGGGAAAGAAACCAGCAACAAAAAUUUGAAAUCUGGUAUGCAAAUAGCAGGUGGUAAAGGACAGACCUGAACUGAGCAGGCAGAGCUAAUAACCAAAUCAAUUUACACUGCAGUAUCUUCCCCCUCUCCAGCCCAAGAGCCAUACAGCCAAGCAAUUGCCCCUCAUCUACUCCAAAGCGAAAAACAGAGUCUAUGCUCUGAGGAACACCAGACAGAGUUGAGGUAGGAUAUUAUCCAGAAAACAGAUUUACCAAAAUGUGCCUACAAGCUGCUGAAACCCUCACUCAGCUCUUUAAAAUGCUGGCAAUCAGGCCUUUGUUUUCUAGUAGGGUAUAGAUAGGGAGAGGCUUCUCGGGGGAAUCUGACCAGCCUGAGAGGAGAGAUCUAAGGAUCUCCAGUGAAACUGACCCGACCCAGCUUGAUCGUUCUACAGUGAAUUACACACAUACUGUUGAUAUCCAGUUAGGCAGUGGGAACUUUAAUUAACAUUUAGUUGCCCACUGCUGUAUUUAAGUAAGUGACCAAGGAUUACCAGGCAUCUGAGGAAAGCCUCUAAAAUUAAAGAGAUAAUCCAGCAAGAACUGAACAGGAAUGGCAAAUUGGAGGAAACAGAGGAGAAAACUAAAACAACACAAAUCAAAACUAUUAUCAUUACUCUGAUAAAAUGUCACAAAUAUGACAGAAAAACAGGGAAAAAAGAAAUCCAGGAAAUAAAAAGCUGUUAGAAAUUAAAAAUAUGGUAGUAGAAAUGAAACCUUACAAAAAAUAUUAGAAGCUUAAAUUGAAGAAAUCUCCCAGAUACUAGAACAAAGUACAAAGAGGUGGAAAAUAGGACAGGAAAGACAAGAACAUCAGAGGAUCAGUCUAGGAGUUCCCAAAAGACAGAAUGAAGAAAAUGGAAGGAAGCAAAUCAUUAAUAAAUGAUUCAAGAAAGUUUUCCAAAACUAGAGGAUAUGUUUCCAAACUGAAAGAUCCCACCAAGUGCCAGUAGGAAGAUGAAAACAGACUUACAUCAAGACACAUCAUUAUGAGGUUUCAGAAUGGGGGAGGGGAUAAAGAGAAAAUUUCACAAACGUCUGGGUCAUCAAGAUUCAGGAAACGUAAUAGCUUCAGACUGCUUAAUAAGAAGAGCAACGUUGGUUAGCAGUGGGCCCUAGUCCAGUGUGCCUGGCAUCCUUGUAAGAGUAGGAGAGACAACUGGAGAGACACAGGGAGAAGGCAGCCACGUGAAGAUAAAGGCAGAUUGGAGUUAUGCUAUCACAAGCCAAGGCAAGCCUGGGGCCGCCACAGGAUAGAAGAGGUAAGGAAGGAUCCUUCCCUAGAGCCUUCAGAGAGAGUGUUGGCCCUGUUGACACCUUGUUCUCAGACUUCUGGCUUCCAGAAAGGUGAUAGAAUAAAUUUCUGUUGUUUUAAGUGAUCUGUGGUACUUCGUUAUGUCAGCCACAGGACACUCAUAUAGUAAGUAUAUGUUUAAGGACAUUGGUGGUUUGGUGGUAGAAUUCUCAUCUUCCAUGCAGGAGACCCAUGUUCAAUUCCUGGCCAGUGUACCACAUGGCAGGCCACUACCCAUCUGUUUUUGUGUACUGCUGUGAUGAACAGGUUUUAGCUGAGCUUCCAGACUAAGAUGGACUUGGAAGAAAGCACUGCCAAUCUAUAUUCUCAAAUCAGCUGGUGAAAACCCUGUGGAUGACAAGGGUCUGAGUUGCAGCUGAUUAUAGGAAUGGUGCAGAGCCAGGCAGCAUUUUUUUAUGUCAUGCAUGGGGUCACCAUGACUUGGGGACUGACUCGCCAGCGGCUAACAAUCGGUGCACUGCUUUGGACUUGGAGGCAGAGAGAAGACUGGGGCCUUCAGGCAGUUCUACCAGUGUCACACUGUACCCUGGACAAGCACUUUCCUUUGAAAGGCCUCAGUGUUUCCACUUGUAAAAUGAGAUGAGGAAACCAAGGCACAGAGAGGGGGAGUAACUUAGCUAAAAUCAUGCAGUCAGGAAGGAGAGGAGCUAGGAUUCAAAAUCAAGUUGAAAACCACCGUGGCUCACCUAUUAAUUCAAAAUUCUGUCAGUACCCUGCAGCAGCUGGAGCAGGGCCCAGCAGAAUGACGCCCAUCUGGCCCCUGCCUCUGCCCAUGGCCACCCGAUGCCUGGUCCUCCGCGUCGGGGCACUCCUGGCAGCCUCCCAGCCGGGUCUAGCCCAGCCAGAUGCACUGCUGGUCUUCCCAGGCCAGACGGCCCAGCUCUCCUGCACGCUCAGCACCCCCCACGCUGCCAUCAGGAGCUACGGUGUAUCCACGCAGCAGCGGGCAGGUAGCGCCCCCCGGUACCUCCUUUACUACCGCUCAGAGGAUGAACAGCACCAGCCUGAAGAUGUCCCAGCCCGCUUCUCAGCAACCAGGGAUAUGGCCCACAAUGCCUGCAUCUGACUGACCAUCAGCCCUGUGCAGCCCGAGGAUGAUGCAGAUUACUACUGCUCUGUGGGCUAUGGCUCCAGCCCCUAGGGAUGGAGCGUGGAGGAGUGCUCUUGUCUGCCUCCCACUCUGCCCGAACCUCCGGCCAGUCUCGAACUUUC